UAAAGCUCAAAAAAACAGACAAAGGGCCCAUAACUGCCAGUACAAAUGAAGGAGUGACUUCUAGCGAUACUAUUUCAUCAAAACUUGCUAAAUCGCCGGAUGCAGAAGAACGUGAAAUUAGACGUUUAGAAAAAAAAUUAGGGAUUAAAUCUGUUGGCAAAUUAACAAAAGCUUUUGCUGAAGAUGGACUAGAUGAUUUAUUAGAAGGACUUAAGGUCGGCUCUAAAAGAAUGAGAUCGUCGGAAUUUUCGAAUGAUUUGAGUUCUGAGCCAACUAAGUAUAAUUAUGAAAAUAAUGUUGAAACGGAAGAAUUAGAUUUUGAAGAUUGCAGUGCAAUAGAGGAAUCAAAUAAAGGUGAUGAAGACAACAUUCGCGAAGCCGCUGUGGCCAUUGAAGUCAAAGAGUCUAACAAUGCUGCUGAUAAAUUUAUGGAAGUUGAGCACUAA